AUGGCUACGCGACGACCACUUCACACCACCCUGGGCGCAGCCUCUUGCGUCCCCUCUUCCUUCAGCUCGAUACCGUCUUUCCACCCAAUAUCCUUUCACCAACGCAACAUUCGCUCUACCCUUGCGCACUUCUCAUCCUCUCCCAAGUUUAGUGUACCGCUGUCGCCGUCAGAAAAACCCGCCGAAACACAGUCUAUACCUCAUUCCUCAUCUACCUCCUCCGAUCUUUUUUCUGCCGUAAAUCCGUUACCUUCAACCAGACCAGCACAGCUUGAACUACCGGAGACGUCGGCAAAGUCCAAUGUAUUAAAGUACGCCUACUCCCAGGCAAAGGCAUAUAUUUCUUUUUACAAAACUGGAGUUAAAAAUGUAUACCAUAACUAUCAUGCUGCUGUACCAAUUUGGAAGAAACUAGGUUUCAAUGGAUACUUGCCAACGUCGUUGCCUCCACGGGCUUUAUCGGGUACAACGGUUUUCGAACAGCUUGUUUUACAACAAGGUGUAACGCGGGCGCAGUUCCAGUUGCUCCGGCGCAGUGCCUACGAUGUUCGCCGGAUGCUUCCAUUUAUAUUAAUUUUGAUCGUCUGCGGAGAGUUCACUCCGGUUAUCGUACUGGCACUUGGAUCGAGGGUCACUCCACUAACAUGUCGGGUACCAAAGCAGCUAGAUAAAGACCGGCAAAAGAAACUUCAACGGAAAAACGAUGCUCUUCGUGUUACCGCAUCCUCGAAACAAUGGGAAAACCCUACCGCAUUGCCAAAGUCAAUCGCUGCUGCUGUUCAACAUGCAUCCUCCACGGACAUUUUACGUUCUUGUGCAAUGUUGGGGUUAUCGAAAUCCCACCGUUUACCCACUUUUGUGCCUGGGUUUAUGGAGGAUCUGUUCGUGAAUUGGCGGUAUCGGCCCCGAUUAAAAAGGUGGCUGGAGUAUCUGGCUGUUGACGAUGCUCUUCUUAGGGAAGCUGGUGGUGUGAGCGACUUGAUCCCGGAAGAGGUUCGUAUUGCGGUGGAGGAACGAGGCGGCGUGGAUGUUGGACUAGACGCUGCGACCGAGGACCAAAGAGUAAAAGCCAUGAAAAAAUGGCUACGGAAGUGGAUAGAAGAUGGUGAAAAAGUGUGA